CACAGCCAUGGCUCAGUCACUGGCUCUGAGCCUUCUUUUCAUGGUCCUGUCCUGCUGCAUCCCCUGGACCCAAGGCAGUGAUGGCGGGGCGCAGGACUGUUGCCUCAAGUACAGUGUAAGGAAGAUUCCUGCCUCGCUUGUCCAAAGCUACCGGAAGCAGGAGCCAAGCUUGGGCUGCCCCAUCCCGGCUAUCCUGUUCUCACCUCGGAAGCGCUCUCAGCGGGAACUGUGUGCAGACCCCAAGGAGGCCUGGGUGCAGCAGCUGAUGCGGCAUCUGGACACGCCACCGGCCACGCGGAAAUCAGCCCAAAGCUGUAAGAAGGACAAGUCUGGCAAUAAGGGAAAGGGCUCCAGAGGCUGUAAGAGGACUGAACAGCCGCAGACCAAAAAGGCCACAGCCCAGUGA